ACACUUCCAAGACAAAAUGAAGAUUACCCUAGCCGUUCUUGGCCUAUUUUUGGCUUUCUUCUGCGGCUCGCAAGCUGCAACACCAUCUCUUUUCCUUCAACCGCCGUCAGCCACUUUCUGCAAAUAUUUCCCUGAAUUCUUUUUGUGUCAUGACAAGGAUGGACCAGGUGGACCAGGAGGUUCGAGUGGAGGCAAUGGAACUGCAGGACAUGGGAACUCCACCAAUGCAACUGAAAGACCUGGGAACUCCACCAAUGGAACUGCUUCGCCUGAAGGUAGUGCCCGAGUUUUUGUAGUGCCAUCCGAAUUAUUCAAUUAAUCUGUAUAUCAAAGGUUUCCUGGCUUUAUAUAAAAUAUUGUGAACUUUAUCCUUAAUUUUUGGUGGCAUGUCAGUUCCCUUAAUAAACACUUCCCGAAUAUAAUAUUGCAAAA